GCCCCGCCGCGGCCCAGGCGCCAGUGCCGCGGCGCUGGCGUGGGCUUUAACGCAGCUGCGCGCCGAGGCGCGCACCAUCCGCUCCGGCGGCGCCGCUGUCGCGGGCAGACUGCGCGUGCUGGGUCGCGCGAGGCGGGCCGUCAAGGCCGCAGAUAUUGUGGUCAACGCGAGUACAGCUGCUACGGUGAACGCCGACAACUUGACCGACGCCUUGGCCAAUGUCACUGGCGAGAGCGCGGCCACGACUGUCACGCAGGCCGCAGAUAUAGUGGUCAACGCGAGUACAGCUGCUACGGUGAAUGCCGACAACUUGACCGACGCCUUGGCCAAUGUCACUAGCGAGAGCGCGGCCACGACUGUCACGCAGGCUGCGGUGAGCACUGGGUAUACUUAUACCCUCUGGUCGACGGGUACGUGGUGCCAUGACGAUACACUACUGAGAACCACGGUAUCUGCGCUUGGAGACUGUGCAUCGUCAGCAAUGAGCGCAGGGUGCGCGUUCUUCAGUUACAACAAGGUGAACACCCUGUGCCUGGGGUACGCGGCUUGCAACAUCCCAAGGACAUCGACUCCACAGUUUACAACCUUCCAGAUAAGAAAGGUCACCGAUAAUGAGGCGGCGUGCGCCCAGUCUCCUGCCUGCGCAGGAGAGCAUGAGCGAGAUGGUCGCGGCGCUGAACGUCGAGGUGGGCACCUCGCCCUGCUCUACGGGGGAGCUGGUCUCGAGAUGUCCGGCACGCUGCGCGGGCCCUCUGGAGCUGCUGCGAUGGCGCGGCAAUCGAUCAAGGGCGACCUCUUGAAUGUGCUCAGCGAGAUCAAGACCCGGGUGCAGGAGUGGAACCAUCAUGUCGAUUCGUACAUCUGCCCAGUCGCAAGCGGUGAGGGCCUUGAGGGACUGUCGUUGCGUAAUGGGCAGUCCUGUUUCUGGUUCUCGCACGGGUGCACUAUCCAGUGUGACAAGUGCGAUGGCAGAACCGCGCGAUUUGGCUCCACUUGUGGCAACGAGGCGACCGCGAAGGCCACGAUCUGCGACCCCGUCCAUCGAACGAUCAACCGCGAGGCGGAGUGUGGGAGCAAGGAAGAUGUCUAUUACUAUUCACCGUGGCGUGCACCUGGGAGCGCACCGGUCUUCGACGCAUGCGGCAUGGCGGGUGGCUCUGCAUGGGCCAUCGGGGCCCCCGGCUGGGCCCCCGGAGGGAGCGCCAGCGCCGGUGUUCGCUACAAGAACACGAGUCACGCAAAGCAAGGCGACCUGGGGAGCGAGGUCCUGCCGGCCGCGCCGUCCGGGACCGUGUGGACCGCAGGGGCGCUGGCGGAGGUCUCCUGGACCAUCCGCACCAACCACGGUGGUGGCUACCAGUACCGAAUCGCGCCCGCCAGUGGCGAGCUCACAGAGGAGGUCUUCAGGAGGACGGUCCUGGAGCCAGAGGGCAUGUCCAUUCUGCAGUGGGGCGGCAAGGGCGGUAGGCGUCGGCUGAUCAACGCAACCCGCGUCUCGGAAGGCACAGUGCCCGAGGGUUCCACUUGGACCAUGAUUCCAAUCCCGCGUGCCGACUCCGCCAAGUACCCGGACGCGAAGGAUGCAUUCCCAGCCCCCUGCCACGAUCCCCACGCACCACCUGACGCCGACCCAGUGCCAGGUUUGUGCUCUGGCUGGUAUGGCCCCGACAACAUGGAAAUAGUCGACCUCGUCCGCGUUCCAGCUGACUUGGCUCCUGGUGAGUACGUUGUGCAGUGGCGGUGGGACUGCGAGGAGAGCUCUCAGAUUUGGACGAACUGUGCAGAUGUGUCGGUUAAGGCCACAACCCCGACGACAUUUGUAUAG